GCCAUGGCAUUUGCAGGGUCACCGUUUGAAGCUGAAAUCGUUAAUGAUCGAAUCGAAGGAAAGGGCAGAUACAUUUUCCCAGAUGGGAAUAUCUAUGUAGGAGAUUUCAAGGAUGGUCAGUUUCACGGGUCAGGCACAGUUCAUUUCAAAGAUGGCGGGAAAUACGAAGCUCAAUGGAAGAACGGUGUGGCAUUGAGCGGGACCUAUACCUUUAAGGACGGACUAGAAUACGCUCCAGAAGAUUGGUCUUACUGUACUGAAGCCGAUCGCCGCUUUUAUUCGGAGCGCAUCAACGGAUUCCGACCUGGCACCCCGCAGCUCACAAAUGACCCAUCAGGCCCGCAUUCCAUCCCGCUGAAUACCUUUGACGUUGGAGAAGGCUAUUUUGAUCCAAAGGAUGGUGUCAUUUAUGAUUACGAGGGAGUGCCGCUCCGCGUCGCAGACGAGGAGGAAAAGGAGUGGAUUACUAGGCAUUGUCGGGUAGGCGGCAGAACCAAGAUCCACACUGGUAUUUGGAUGGAUGCAAUUUAAAAAAGCUGAAAAAGUCAGGAGAAAAAGUAUAAUAGUCGACAGAGAAAAAAGUUUUGAACAUGCCCACAAGUGAUAAUUAGUUUAGGCCACAUGAACACCGAAACGCAUAAGAAAGAAAUGACAGUUGACGGAUAUAUCUAUGAUUGCCCAACUCCACUCUUUCAAAGAAGGCUUUCACACUAUGCUUACAAUGCAAAAUAAAAACGAUAUGACUGGCAA